AGAAGAAGUUGAAAAAUCAUUGGAUGUGGAAGGAAAAGGAGCUAUUAUGGCAAUGGCAGCAGCAAGUAGCAUCAUCUCCGUUUCCUCUGCUUCACUCUUGAUCACAACACCCCAACCCAAAACGCAAACCAUCCUCCUAAAACACACACAUGAACAUCAUCAUGUUCCAACAUCCUCUUUGACAGGCACAUCAACACUUGCUUCUCUCAAGAUAUCAUCAUCACCAGCAACAACAACAUCAAUGAGAACUGCCACAAGGCGCAGGUUGAGUUGCUCAGCCUCUGCUUCACCUUCCACGCUUCCCUCGGCUCUUCUUUUUGACUGCGAUGGUGUCCUUGUUGACACUGAGAAAGAUGGCCACCGUAUCUCUUUCAAUCAAACAUUCCAAGAGAGAGAACUAGGUGUUACCUGGGACGUGGACUUGUAUGGGGAGUUACUCAAAAUUGGAGGUGGGAAAGAAAGGAUGACAGCCUACUUUAACAAGACGGGUUGGCCUGCGAAUGCCCCAUCAGGUGAACAAGAAAGGAAAGAAUUUGUAGCUUCACUUCACAAGCAAAAGACAGAACUAUUCAUGGCCCUUAUUGAGAAAAAACUGUUGCCUCUUCGCCCAGGUGUUGCAAAGCUUGUUGAUCAGGCUUUAACUCAAGGAGUCAAUGUUGCUGUUUGCAGCACUUCCAAUGAGAAGGCGGUAUCUGCAAUAGUAUCAUUCUUGCUGGGACCUGAGCGAGCAGAAAAAAUCCAGAUAUUUGCAGGAGAUGUGGUUCACCGCAAAAAGCCUGAUCCAGCCAUCUAUAUACUAGCAGCCAACACUCUGGGUGUUGAACCUUCAAGAUGUGUUGUGGUGGAGGACAGUGCCAUAGGCCUAGCAGCUGCUAAAGCAGCUGGUAUGAAGUGUAUCAUAACAAAGAGCGGCUAUACAGCAGAUGAAGACUUCUUAAAUGCAGAUGCGGUGUUUGACUUCAUUGGUGAUCCUCCUGAGGAGAGAUUUGAUUUGGCAUUCUGUGGUAGCCUUCUUGAGAAGCAAUACGUCAGCUAGCACACUACCAAGUGAAACUCCUGAGAUUUUGUUUCAUUCAAGUCUCUUUCACUUCACUAUUUCUAUCAGUGCCUAUUUCCUCUUAUGUUUUUUAGGCACACCUUUUGAGUCAAUGAUGAAAAUUUCACCACUGGUUGUAUGAAGCAAUUUCAUUUCUUGUCAA